AGAGAACGUGUUUCUGUGUCCUUAGGAAGUGUAUAAAAUUGGAGGAAGAAAGUUUGGAUUCUUGAAUUUGGGAGCGUAUGAUUGUGCACCAGCCUCAUUGAUUAUAGACCGAACAAAGAUAGGAUCUUGUUUCAAGCCACUCACCGAGUUGAUGAAUCUGCAUAACAAGAAGUUUCCUAAUGUUUUAAGGCAGUUGGAGCACGAACUAUCCGGAUUCAGAUACGCCCUUCACGAUUAUCACGCUUCUUUAUCCGAAAGAAUCAACAAUCCUUCAAAAUACGAGUUUAAGGAAGGGAAGAAGGCAUGUUGUGGGACUGGACCAUUAAGGGGAAUCAAUACGUGUGGAGGCCGAGUUUUGGGACCAGCACAAGGCUACGAGUUAUGUGAAAACGUUACGGAUUACUUGUUUUUCGAUUCAUUUCAUUUGACAGAGAAGGCUCAUCGACAGAUCGCAGAGCUUAUUUGGAGUGGACCGUCAAAUGUUACCGGACCUUAUAAUCUCAAAACCCUGUUUGAAUUGAAGUAGAUUUUGUCGAUGUAUACAUACAUAUAUAGGUCCUAGCUAUUAAAAUAAAAGACGAGGUUACUAUCUUGUAUAGUCCUAGCUACUAGUAGUCAUGUUCUUUGUGUUGUUUAUAAAUACUAAGAAUUGAUAAGUGUUUGCAAGAA